UUUUGCUCAUCCCCAUUGGUUUCAAGCAGAUUGGUUUCCCGCAGCAAUUGCUCUCUUUCUCUCGUCGAACGGUCUCUUUCUAUCUCAGAACUGUUAGCGCCACCACCGUUUUCGUAGCGCAACCUUUCUACGGAUGGAUGGAUUCGCCUCUCCUAUUUCUUUGUUAUUUGACUCAUUUCCGACCACUGCCUCGUACGAAGACUGUGGAAACCGGAUGACCACAGCUUAAUUGAUCUACGACCGCGGAUCGUCGAAGAGAUGGAGGGAGGAAGUAGCGGAGCGGUUCUGGCCGGUGGAGGGCCUCCACCGUUCCUUAGUAAGACGUAUGAUAUGGUGGAUGAUCCCACGACGGACUCGAUCGUGUCUUGGGGGCCGGGAAACAACACCUUCGUUGUGUGGAACCCGCCAGAGUUUGCGCGUGAUCUCCUUCCCAAGUACUUUAAGCACAACAACUUCUCCAGCUUCGUCCGCCAGCUCAAUACCUAUGGAUUUAGGAAAAUUGAUCCUGAUCGCUGGGAAUUUGCAAAUGAGGGAUUCUUACGAGAUCAGAAACAUCUUUUGAAAAACAUAAACAGGAAAAAAACCUCCCAUGCGCAUACUCAGCCCCAGGCUCUUCCACAGAAUACUUCAGUCACAUCAUGUGUUGAGGUUGGCAAAUUUGGCUUAGAUGAAGAGAUUGAGAGGCUCAAGCGGGAUAAAAAUGUUCUCAUGCAGGAACUCGUAAGGCUAAGGCAGCAGCAGCAAACCACAGACAAUCAGCUGCAAGUCUUAAACAAGCGUAUUCAGGGAAUGGAACAGCGCCAGCAACAAAUGAUGUCAUUCUUAGCUAAGGCCAUGAACAGCCCAGGAUUUUUAGCCCAACUGGUGCAGCAGAACAAUUCCAAUAACCAACUAAUAUCUGGAGGCACCAAGAAGAGAAGGUUACCUAAUCAAGAAGAGUUUCAGGCUGAAAGUGCCUCUCGUGAUGGACAAAUAAUUAAGUAUCAGCCAUUGAUGACAGAUGCAGCCAAGUCCAUGCUGAUGCAAAUAUUAACUUCAGAGACCUCUCCUAGGUUGGAUUCUUAUAACAAGCCUGAUGCUUUAGACAGUAGCAGGAGUUGUUCAAGUAGGAGCUCUGGAGUCACCUUUCAGGAGGUCCCUUUGAGUUCUGCAAUGCAGUUUGUCCCGGCGAACUCUGUAGUCUCAGCAGUUUGUUCUCCAUCCGCUUUAUCUGAAAUACAAUCUUCCCCAAUUGUUACAGAUCCAGGAAAUUACAAUCUUCCCCAGCCGGAUCUUGGUUUCCCAGAUCAAAUUCCUACUAUGAGCUAUGCAGCUUCUGAAGCAGAAAGUGCUUUUGUUCAGUCCAUUGCUGGACUUGAUGGGAUGAUUCCUCUAGAUUUGGAGAAGUUUUCCGGUGAUGCUGACAUUGACGUCUUUAGCGACGGCGAUGAUGGCACGAAACUUCCCGGCAUUGUCGACUCUUUCUGGGAGCAAUUCCUUUCAGCUAGCCCAAUAUCUGUUGACAAUGAAGAGGUUAAUUCUAGCCUUCCUGAAGCUAAAGUGCAAGGGCGAGGGUGGGAUGGAGUUCAUAACAUGGACAACCUAACGGAGCAGAUGGGUCUUCUUGCUUCCAAAUCUAAAGUCUUAUAACUGCUAAUUUACUUGGAAUUAUAAUUGCAGGUAAUAUAGAGAUUUCGUUAUGUACCUAUAAGCUGACAUUAACGAACCUAUAAGCUAUGUUUUAUGGAUGUAGAACGGUGUCCGGGAGAUCAAUUAGAAUGUGUCACGUCAGCCGUACAGAGCCGCGGUAUCAAGGGGGUGAUGUGGCAUAUUCUGAUUGGUAUUCGGACGACGCCGAGCUUCAUCAGUAUCAGUAAUGAGAGCAGCAAACAGUAGUUGGUAGAGAUCAUUGACUUCCAAAGAAAGCUUUCACGGAGUUUUCCGUUUGAUAAUCACUUUGAUCUCUUA